AUGCCCAUUGAGUCUGAAUUUAGAACUGAUUAUAUUAAAAUAGAAUUGGAAGAAAUAGCAAGCUCAUCUUUAGAUAUUAUGGAGAAGAAUUCAUUUGAAAAAACAGCUACUUCCCACUCAGUAAAAACCACAAGACCAACACAAGUCCAACUCGAUAUACCUAGCUCUCAGACUCAAAAGAACAAUGAAGACAGGACACCAGAAAAUAUUGAUGAACAUCUGGACGAUACUGUUUAA